CCUCCCUCUGUGACUCUGUCCACGUCCAAUUCCUAUCCCCUUUCUUCUAUUACCCCUAUAAAAUGUGUCUGGUUGGAGGCUCCAAUACUCAAUAAUACGAAACUCUUCAUUUUCACUGCCAAACAAUUCAUAAUUCGUGGAGAUGGGUCUGAUUCUGGGAAAGAUUACCGUGGAAACACCCAAAUACGAGGUAAUUCAAUCCACAGCAGACUACGAAAUCCGCAAAUACUUCCCGUCUGUAAUUGCAGAGGUGACCUACGACCCCACCCAAUUCAAGGGCGACGAAGAUGGUGGAUUCAUUCUCCUUGCUAACUAUAUAGGCGCGGUGGGCAAUCCCCAGAACACCAAGCCAGAGAAGAUCGCGAUGACGGCUCCGGUGAUCACAAAAGCUUCAGAAAAGAUAGCCAUGACCGCACCGGUUGUGACCAAGAACGGGGGAGAGGGGCAGAGUAAGUCGGUGACGAUGCAAUUUAUAUUGCCGGCCAAGUAUGCAAAGGCGGAAGAAGCUCCGAAGCCGGUGGAUGAGAGGGUGGUGAUUAAGGAAGAAGGAGAGAGGAAGUUUGGGGUGGUGAGGUUCAGCGGGGCGGCAAGGGAGGACGUCGUAAAGAAGAAGGUGGAGAAUUUGAACAGGUGUUUGGAGAGGGAUGGAUACAAGGUCACUGGGGAACAUGAAUUGGCCAGGUACAAUCCGCCUUGGACCUUGCCCCCUUUGAGGACUAAUGAAGUCAUGGUUCCCGUCGAGUGAUUCCUGCAUGUUGUUGAUUUUUCUGUCUUCAGUUUCAGACAAGCUCUCUGAUAAUCCCUCCUGAUUCAGAAGGGAAUAAACUAAAAUAAAGAAAGAACUUGAUCGGGGGGUCAAAAAAGGAAGCAGGCAAAUUCAUCUACUAGUACUAGUUUCCGUGGUGGUAGCAUAACUGAAAAGUAAUCUGGCUCUGUGUAGUACUUUCAGUGUGUUAAAGUACCGCUAGUAGUAGUCUUUAUUUUUUAUGUUAUAAUGAGGAUAUCAUCAAAAUUCAAAAUUAUGUGAAGCUGUUGUAUUAGCUGCAUUUGCCUUUUUCUUGAUCAUCAGUUGUAUGAAAAGCAGCAAUGGAAAUGGUAACUACAUUCACAAAAU